AUGCUAGCAUGGCAGGAUGGCGUUUCCAAGGCGGCUCCCUCACCCCACAAGAUCUCCUUCUCGGUCCUGGACAUCCUGGAUCCGCAGAAAUUCACUCGUGCUGCGCUCCCAGCCGUGCGCCCUGCGCCCCACGAAGCCAAGAAAAGUUUGGCGGAGGCCGAAGCGGAGAAGGACACCAGCCCCGGGGACCCGGCUCGGCGCAGGGAGAGCCCUGAUGAUGCGGACCGAGGCGCGGGCACGGCGUCUCCGCUGGACGACUCGGAGGCCGAGGAGGCGGACGAGGAGGACGCGGAGGACGCGGGGCGGCGCCAGCGGCCCGAGCUGGGGACUGCGGGCGGCGGGGGCGCUGCGGGCUCCCCGGGAUCGCCCGGCUCCCCGCGGCCCCGGCGCCGGCGCCCGGAGCCAAGCCUAGCCAAGCCGCGGCGCGCGCGCACCGCCUUCACCUACGAGCAGCUGGUGGCUUUGGAGAACAAGUUCCGGGCCACGCGCUACCUGUCGGUGUGCGAGCGCCUGAACCUGGCGCUGUCGCUCAGCCUCACCGAGACGCAGGUCAAGAUCUGGUUCCAAAACCGUAGGACCAAGUGGAAGAAGCAGAACCCGGGCGCCGACGGCGCGGCCCUGCCGGGGGCACCGGCGAGGGGCAGCCCCGGUCCCCCGGGCCCGCCCGGCCCAGCGCUGCCCUUCCAGACAUUUCCGUCCUACACUGCGAACAAUGUCCUCUUCCCCGCUUCCGCCUCCCUCCCACUCUCGGGCGCCGGGGGCCCCUUCGCGCCCUUCCUUGGGCCAUCCUACCUGACCCCCUUCUACACCCCGCACCUAUGA